ACCGUACGUCAGAGCACUUCCUGGUUGCUGCUGCAGCUGGAAAUGGCGGAGCUGAAAGAGGCGGACGCUCCUCAGCAGCACCAGGAGGACGAAGGCAUCAAACGUGAUGAAGACACCAGGGAGGAAGACUCUGCAGGUGCUGCAGUAGCUGCUGCAGGUGCUGCUGCAGGUGCUGUAGGUGCUGCUGCAGGUGCUGCAGGCACUGCAGAGCGGAGCGAUGCUGCGGCUGACAGCGACUCCAAACCUUCCACCACCAGCUGCGACAGACACAUCUCCAUCCAGACCAAACUGGAAGGACUGGAGAUGCUGGUGGACCUUGAUGGUGCGGGUCGGAAGUCCUGCCCUCUGUGUCCUGAGGAGAAGUUUAAAGCGUGUUACAGCCACAAGCUGCGCCGCCACCUGCAGAACCUCCACUGGAAGGUCUAUGUGGAGUUUAAAGGAAGCAGGAUGUGCAUCUGUCACCUGGCCUGCAGGAACCCCAAACCCAGCCUGAGCGGAGAUCAGGCGUCGGGUCGACACAUGGCCCACUUCCACUGCGUGGUGUGUUCGGUCACCAUCGCCCGGAAGACGGACAUGAUCAGCCACCUGAAGCGCCACUUCAACAAGGGAGAGACGGAGGCCAGCUACCCCGGCGGCUCCGACGCUCAGCUGGACGAGCCCGCGCCUUCGGGUCAGGCCUACGAGAUCCUGAAGGAGCUGGGGACCAACGUCCAGCUGCUGCCGAACCACAGCACCCCGCUGAAGAGCGACACGUACUUCAACCGCAAGAUGAAGACCAACAGGCAGCUGGUGUUCUGUUCGCUGGCGGUUCUGGCCGAGGAGAGGAACCCGCUGGAGUGUCUGGAUGCUUUCGGAGCCACAGGCAUCAUGGGCCUCCAGUGGGCCAAACACCUGCGCAGCACCGUCAGAGUGACGAUUACAGACAUCAGCGACGCCUGCGUGAAAAUGAUCAGAGAGAACUGCGAGCUGAACGGCAUCCGGGUCGACGGCGGCUCUCGAGGGCCUCGGGGCCCCGACAGGGCCGGCUGCGAGCCGGAGACGGCCCCCGUCGCCACGGUGGAGGUCGUCAAGAUGGACGCCAAUGUCAUGAUGCAUCUGCGGCCGUUUGACUACAUCCACCUGGAUCCUUUCGGCACGGCCGUGAACUACCUGGAUGCUGCCUUCAGAAACAUCCGGAACCUCGGCAUCGUCUCGGUGACGUCCACCGACACGGGCUCGCUCUACGCCAAGUCGCCCAACGUCACGCUGCGCCACUACGGCUGCCACAUCGUACGCACCGAGUACUACAAAGAGCUGGCCGCCCGCAUGGUGGUCGCCACGGUAGCCAGGGCGGCGGCGCGCUGCAACAAAGGCAUCGAGGUUCUGCUGGCCGUGGCCGUCGAGCACUUUGUGCUGGUGGUGGUCAGAGUCCUCAGGGGCCCGACUCAAGCAGACGAGUCGGCCAAGAAACUCCGCAGGCUGGUCCACUGCCAGUGGUGUGAGGAGAGAGAGUUCCUGAAACUGGGCAACAUGGUGGACGACACUGUUCCCUGUCACUGUCAUGGAAGUCUGCCUGGAAAGACGGCGGUGCAGCUGGGCCCUCUGUGGGCCGGCCCUCUCUUCAACACCGGCUUCCUGAGGAGGAUGCUGUCUGCCGCCGUGCAGCACAGCAUGGAUGACAUCCAGCCGCUCGUCAAAACGCUCAUCUGCGAGUCCGAGUGCACCACGCUCAAGUCGCUGGUGCACGGGUCGUCGGCGCUCGGUAACCAGGUGGAGUGUGGCGUCGUCAUCAAGACGCUGCAGAGCGGAGAGGAUGGAGGUCCAGCUGAUCAGGCCGGCAAAAGGAAAAGCGGGGAGGAUUGUGGGAACGUCAUGAAGAAGCUGAGGCCUGAUGCGUCUUUGGAUCAUCCGCCGUUCUACUACAGCAUCCACCGGCACAGCAUCCGCGGCAUGAACAUGCCCAAGUUGAACAAGUUCCUGCAGUACCUGACGGAGGCCGGCUUCAGGGUGAGCCGGACCCACUUCGACCCGAUUGGGGUCCGGACCGACGCCACGCUGCAGCAGUUCAAGUCCAUCCUCAGCAAGUACAGCGUCCCGACCGGCACCAACACCGGCACCAACACCGGCACCAACACCGGCCAGAGUAACGAGAAGGCGGUCUGAGCCGGGCAGCGCCGCUCCUGAAAGACCCAAACCUGACCUAGACUCGAGCUGGUUCCAGCCUGACCCAACCCGGUCCUGACCUGGUCCCGACCCGGUUCCGACCCGGUUCCAACCCGGUCCCGACCCGACCCAGUUCUGACCCGGUUCUGACCUGGUCCCGACCCAGUUCUGACCCGACCCGGACCUGACCCGGUCCCGACCCAGUCCUGCCUGCUGGACUUUUAUUAGAGCACAAACUGAUGAGAUUCUAUUUAAUUGACCCAAAAUCUUUAUUUUAUCCUUUUUAUCUUAAUUUGUCUCUUUAAUAAAAAUCUUUCUGAAAAUUA